AAGUGACCUCAUCUGAGAUGCUGGAGGCACUAGGGCUGCUGCCACUCUGGUGCCUGCACUGCUGUGAUAAGCAGCCUUUUUGAGUGGGGUGUUCUCAGAAGGGGAGUCUCAGGGAGUGAAACAAACUGUGUUAUCUCACACAGUGAUCUCAUUUGGCAGCAAAUUCUCCAAUUUUGCAUGUUAGAAAUCAGACAUUUCUCUAAGGAUUUGUGUUUUAGAUGUGAUGUGAGGCUGUUGGGGAGUAGUAGGUGACCUAUUGAAUAAAGGCCGUUUACUUUGUCCUCUGAUGUGCUUGGCAUGUGUAAUAGUUUGUAGGGAUCAUUUGGUGAGAACGUCAUUUGUAAACACCUCACUUUAAGGUGCUGACGCUGACGUGAUGUUUUUAUUUCUGUACUGUCCUGGCCAGUAGUGAUCUUGCCCCAAAGCCCUUCCUUACUGACAGGAGCAAUGGCAGUUCUGGGAACCUAACCUGCUUAACUGAGGGAUGUGAUGCUUGGUUGAUUCAGCACUCCUGCCCUUCCUGGAGCACAGCUGGUGACUGCUCCAAUGAUUUUGAGUCUUUCCUCUUCCUCAUUUUCCUUUCUUCUUCUCCAAUUAUAAACCACAUUCUUGCAAAGCUUCCUGUUAUUGGUCGAAGGAAGCUCUAGCAACAUUACCUUAAAUAUUCAACAUACCGUGUUUAGUAAGCCUCACUGAGUGCAGGAAGAGUUUACAAAAGAUAUGAAAGAGGAGUCACUAUAUGUGUUGACAAUAUAUAUGCUGAGUGAACAAUAUGUAACAAAAUGGAUAGAUGAGAGGUGUACAUUGGGGUGUGACUUGAUAAUCUAGCAGGUCAUGGGACUAGGGGGCUUAUGGAAAAGACAAAGAAAGAACAUGAAAACAAAUUAAAAAACACCGAGAAACUCCUAAAACCUGUUUGGAAAUAGAGAGGAAGAAUACAUUUUAGAUUAUACUUAGUUUCUAUUUUCCCCCAGAUUUCAGAAUUUAAGUGCUCUGACCAUCUCCACUCUGCAAACCUACUUCUAAUUAUUUACAUAUGAUAAUGUGAGUCUGUGCAGUUUGUUCUCUGUAGGAUGGUUACAGGGAAUCAUAUAGGCAUGGUUCAAUACCAUGAAUGCUUGUAAUUUUGUUUCACGUCUCUCCGUUUCCUUAAUGUGGUGGCUAAGAAUACAUUUUUAUAAAUAAAAAGACAAUAGUACACAUCCUUGAUGGCAGCAAGUAGCAAAUGUGCUGGGGAGACUGGCUCCCACUCUGGAAUCUGUCCCGGGUGACAAUUGCCAGUACAAAUUGGAUGGAGGAGAUAGCUUCAAACAGGAAAGGAAAAUCAUAAAAUCCAGGGUCCUAUGAGAGAGAAAGAUAGAAGUGGAGGAGAAAGUUUCUGGCUUGAACAGGGUCAGCAGAUGGCACAAAGCGGUCAGCUUCCAACUCCAGAGGUAAGUGUGAUUCUCCCCUUAUAAUCCCAGGGAGGAGAGGUAACCUGGCUGUGGUCACACAACUUAGCAAAAAAAAAAAAAAAUCUGGGGCCAGAAUUCAGGCCUUUGUUAGGUCUCCCCUUCCUUCUAGCACACUGGCAAAUUGUAUAAGGAAAGCAAAGGUGGAGAUGGGUUCAUGUACAACAAUAUGGCAUUCAGCUAAAGUGGAUCAGGGCAGGAAGUGUUAUGAUUUAGGGAAGGUGUAAGACAGGAAAGGAUCAUUGCCCCCAGUCAAAAAGGAGAGCCCUUGACCACUAUUUAGAGAAUUCCCCAAUUCCCUCUUUGCCAUAGGUCACUGAAACUGAGAUCUAAGGCAGGGCUUCUGUGAGUCAGGAGCACUUAACCCAGUGGAGAGAUCCCAGAACAGGAUAUUUCCUAGUUUGAUAGUCACUGUCAGGCCAGUUAUGGAUAAAUUUGCAUUUGACUUAAGACAAUACUGGAUCAGUGUAGUUUUUGGCAGUUCCAUUUCCUGUUGGGUGGUGCAGCAGGCCCUAUAAAGAGGUUUUCUGCUGCACUGCUCCUGAACUCCUGGUACCUGAGCACCAAUCUGCCUUGGAGAACCUGGUGAGUUGGCUUCCUUGAGUUCGUCUGUUCUUUGUGCCCUAAAAUGUUGAAUUUAAUCUGAGUACAGCAAGUUUGGUUGAUUCAAUCCUAUGAAUGUUGAUUUGAUGCUAUUUAGUGGAUGGAAAUGUAGAAUUAGAGCACAAUGAUAUGCUAUUUUAGCUUUCUUUUGGUACACAGCUAGGGGUUCAAAUGGACAGAGAAGUUAGUUAAGGGGAAAGCUUUGAUUUGAACAAGAAUAAAAUAACAAAGUAUUUUUCUUUUUUCUUUGCUUUUCUGGUGUACUUUUCAAAGGUUUAUGUCGUAGCAGGUGUGAGAGCAUGCAGUUCUUCCCAAACAGCCCUUUUCUCUGUGCCCAUGUCAACCCACUGGGAUUUUACAACAGAUAACGAUGAUAGGAAUAGCUUGUGAGGUAGCCCUGGGUAUCUGAACUUGUGACUGCCUUUCUUGAAGAUGUUAUUUUCAUAGAAAUAACAUGCUUGGUUGUUUACUACAGAGGUAUUUUCUUUGGAAAAAUUAUAUGAGAAAACACAGGAAUUCCCAGGGACAAUGAAGUAAUUCGCUGAAGUUGAAGUGAGAAACCAGGGAGUCUUGAAAAGGGAAUUAAGAGUUUAAAUAAUUUCUUGGAGACAGGAGAAAUAAUAUGCCAUGGUAUUACACAAGCUUUGGCUUCUCUCUCUGGAGGAGUCCAUUCCCGUGAACACUGUCGUAUCAUUUCUUUCAGAUUCUGAGACUCCAGCAGGAUGUCUUAUCAACAGCAGCAGUGCAAGCAGCCCUGCCAGCCACCUCCUGUGUGCCCCACACCAAAGUGUCCAGAGCCAUGUCCACCCCCGAAGUGCCCUGAGCCCUGCCCACCACCAAAGUGUCCAGAGCCCUGCCCACCUCAGCAGUGCCAGCAGAAAUAUCCUCCUGUGAUACCUUCCCCACCCUGCCAGCCAAAGUGUCCACCCAAGAGCAAGUAACAGCUUCAGGAUUCAUCAGGACCAUGAAAGGAUAAGGAUAUUUGGCUCACCUCAUUCCACAGCUUCACCUGCAUCUUCUCAUCGAAGCCAUCCAGGGACACACAGGGAGCUUUUAUCUGCCUGUGAUGAUCCCUGAUAGCAAAAGUUUUCCUUUUUGAGGCUGCCAUACUGCCACUGUCCAGGUGGAGACUGAGCAAAGGAAGUCCUGGGCUGUGCCAGCUCCCAGAACUUCAGAAGAAAGAGCAACAGCUCUCUCCUUGGGAACCAUCAGAGAAUUCUGUUGAUGUUUUCUGUGCCUGUCUGUCCCCUGGG